CUUAGAGGCUCCCCGGCUCUCUGGGACACCCCAAGGGGCUCUGCAGGGGCUGUACAGACCCCACCCCAAGGUCCCAUAGGGCCUCCCAGCUGACCUGUAGGAACCACAGGGACCUCAGAGCUGCUGUAGGGGCCCCCAGAGCUUCUAUAGGCUCCCCAGAGGUGCUUUAGGGGACCUCACACAGCCACAGCAGCUGUAGAGUCCAUAAGGACUCACAAAAUUCCUAGAGGGGCUCCAGGGAGCCCUCACAGAGGCUCUAUAGGGUCUAUAGAGCCCCCCCCAUUUGCUACAGGCACCAGAGGGACCCCAAGAAGCCCCACAGAGCCCCUAAAGAGCCCCCCCAGAUGGUGCAGGGUAUAUAGGGACCCCUAAAGGUGCCAUAGGGAACCCUCCGGAGGAGCUUUAGCACCCCCCAGCUCGCGUCCAGCCCAGGGGUGGGGUUUAACCCGGGGGCGGGGCCUGGGGGACUGAAAACCCCCUGGUCCCUUCCGUCCCCUGCACACCUGGGACCCCCCAGGACCCCAAUGGCACCUCCACCGCCCCCUGCCCAUCUCAGCCUGGCCCGGGGGGUUCAGCCCCCCCUGUACCAGGACGCUGUCGCCCGCCGGGCCCUGCGGCCGCCCCUGCUCAGGAGUGUCUCGGUGCCGGUUGAGCCCCCCGCGCCCCCCCCCAUGGAUGUCACCUACGCCGUGGUCAACAAGGCGCGCCGGGGGGGCGGGGCCGUGGGACGAGACCCCGCCCCCUCGGGCACGUGCUCCCUCCCAGGGAGCCCCGUGCACCGCCCCUCCCCCACCCCGGCAGGCUCCCCCCGACCCGCUGACGGCGCCUACGAGGUUGUGACCCCCCCCGGGGACCCCGGGAGCGGCCCCUGCCUCGGGUUUAACUUCCGCAUUGGGAAGCCCAAGGGCCCACGGGACCCCCCGGCCGAGUGGUCCCGGGUGUGAAGGGGGGACGGACCCCUGGGGCCCUCCUGCCAGGGAGGGGCUGCAGCAGAGCCUGGCCAAUCACCACAGAGCUCAAAAUAGCCAAAAAAGGUUUAUUGUGACAAAUAAAAUGAUUCUGUGACUCCCAGGUGUGUGAAACACCUGGGGGGGUUCUGGAGGGACCCAGGGGGGCCCUGGAGCCUGGGGGGGUCCCAGGCAACCAACAGGGUCCCAGCUGCCUGGGUGGUGCCAGGUUUCCAGGAGGGUCCCGGCUGUCUGGGAGGGCCCAGGGCAGGUCUGGGAGGCUCAGGUGGCGCUGAGCAGGCGGCGCUUGGGGGCCGUGGCCGUGUAGGGGUGCCAGCGCCACUCCACGUCAGCUGCAUCCCCCUGCUCCAGCGUGCCCAGGCGGAUCAGGUAGGCUGGGGGACACACAGGGGUGUUGGGGACAGCAGGGGACGUGGGGAGACCCUCGUGGGGCUGUU